AUUUCCUUCUCAUCGAACCCAAAACACAGUCUGUACAACACUGCUGAGCUUAUUGAGGGCACUUCCCAUGAUGACCGCAGAUCAACCUCCUUUUCGCUGGGACCUGAUGGAUGGAUGUUAGGACCCAAUCGUCGGCUUCUAUUCUGGGUACCGCCCGCUUCACGAGAGGCAUUUUCUUAUAAUCCUCGGACGGCAUUGGUGAUGCUCAAAGGAUGUAUCGAGCUUGAUUUGAGCCACAUGGCACACGGAACACGCUGGCAGCGUUGCCGAGAUGAGUGA